CAUCGGACAUUAUAAAGUCAAUGGUCAGCUUCCAUCUUAGCACCAUCUGCAGAACUAGUUGAGAUCUAGCAAUUACAGAAAUGGCAAAAUGUAGUUAUGUUCCACUCUUCGAAACAAAGCAAGUUAAAGGACGAGUCCUUUUCAGGUGUAUUGCAGCCUCAAUCUUUCUCGGCAUCUGCUUCAUUGUUAUGUAUAGAUUAAUGUUUUUCCCAGUCGGAGGAAAAGUUGAGAGAUGGAUUUGGAUUGGACAGUUUCUUUCUGAGCUAUGGUUCUGUUUUUAUUGGUUUCUCACCACCGUUAGUAGAUGGAACUCUGUCUACCGCUUGCCGUACAUACAAAGGCUCUCUCAAAGGUUCGAAAAGGAAUUACCGGGCAUCGACAUCUUUGUGUGCACAGCGGAUCCGUUGAUAGAGCCACCGAGCAUGGUGGUGAAUACGGUUUUAUCAGUGAUGGCAUAUGAUUAUCCACCUGAGAAGUUAAGCAUCUAUUUGUCAGAUGAUGGGGGAUCGGAUUUGACGUUUUAUGCCAUGUUAGAGGCUGCAAAUUUCUCCAAGACAUGGCUUCCUUUUUGCAAGAAGUUCAGAGUUGAACCAACAUCUCCUGAGGCCUACUUUAGGACAGCUUCUGAACCACUCAAUGAUGCUGACAACUGGCUUUCGGUUAAGAAACUAUACGAGGAAAUGAAAAUGAGGAUUGAAGCCACUAUAAAGUUGAACCGAAUUCCAGAUCACAUUCGUAAACAACACAAAGGAUUUCGUGAAUGGGACUUCGUUUUAAGCAAACAUGAUCAUCAAACCAUUCUUCAAAUCCUAAUUGAUGGAAGAGACUCCAAUGCUGUGGAUAUUGAAGGAAACCCUUUGCCAACUCUAGUGUACUUGGCAAGAGAGAAAAGACCCCAACAUCACCACCAUUUCAAAGCUGGAUCCAUGAAUGCUCUUAUAAGGGUUUCAUCAAGGAUAAGCAAUGGUCCAAUUAUUUUGAAUGUGGAUUGCGAUAUGUAUGCCAACAAUUCAAAGGCAGUCAAAUACUCUCUGUGCCUUUUCAUGGAUGAAAAGAAGGGAGAUGAGAUUGCCUACGUACAGUUUCUUCAGAGUUUCGAUAAUCUCACAAAAAAUGAAAUUUAUGCUAGCUCUUUUCGAGUACUGCAACAAUUGGAGCUUCAUGGACUUGAUGCAAUUGGAGGACCAUGCUACAAUGGCUCAGGAUGCUUUCACAGGAGACAGGCUCUCUGUGGGAAGAAAUAUGAGAAAAACUAUAAAGUUGAUUGGAAGAAAGUAAGUGAUACAAAGGCUGAUGAAAGUGCGAGCUUCCUUGAAGAAACAUGUAAAGUUCUUGCAAGCUGUACCUUUGAACACAACACAACAUGGGGAAAAGAGAUGGGUUUAAUAUAUGGCUUUCUAGUGGAAGAUAUAAUUACAGGUUUGAAUAUACAAUGUAAAGGCUGGAAAUCUAUGUAUUUAAGCCCUGAAAGAGAUGGCUUCUUAGGAGUUGCACCAAUAACAUUAUUACAGACGCUUGUCCAACAUAAGAGAUGGAUGGAUGGUCACCUUCAAGUUUUCCUAUCGAGAUAUUGCCCCUUGUUGUAUGGAUAUAAAAAGAUCCCUCUUAAGCUUCGACUUGCUUAUUGUCCGUACAACUUGUGGGCUGCAAACUGCUUGGCUACGUUGUAUAUUGUUGUUAUGCCAUGUCUUUGUUUGCUUAAAGGCAUCUCAUUGUUCCCUAAGAUAUCAAGGCCCUGGGUGUUCCCAUUUGCAUAUGUUGCCUUUGUACACCGUGCAUAUAGCCUAAAUGAAUUUCUAUGGUGCGGAGGCACAUUCCGAGGUUGGUGCAAUGAUCAAAGGAUGUGGUUGUUCAAUAGAACAUCUGCAUACUUCUUUGCAUUAUUUGAAACCAUCUUGAAGCUAUUAGGAUAUUCACGGCUAAACUUUGUUGUCACUGCCAAAGUAGCUGAUAAAGAAGCCUUGAAAAGAUAUGAUGGAGAGUUGAUUGAGUUUGGUGCUACUUCACCAAUGUUUGAUAUUUUAGCCACACUUGCAAUGUUGAAUUUGUUUGGUAUCUUUGGGGCACUCAAGAAGGUCAUCUUGGAUGUAGAUGAGGACUUACAGGUUUUGGAGAAAUUUGGGUUGCAAAUUCUCCUCUGCUUUGUUUUGGUUACAAUCAACUUGCCUGUAUACCAAGCACUCUUUUUCAGGAAUGACAAUGGCAAGAUGCCCAGUUCAGUUACUUACAAGUCUAUUAUUUUCGCCAUGCUAGCCUGUACUGUAACCAUGUGUUUCUAAAAAAAAACACAAGUGUUGAAGUUUGAUUCUUUCAAUAAGUUUGAUUUUAUAUAUUGAGGUAUAUGAGAUUCUAGAAUAAAUGUGUCGUUAAGAGGAUCACAACAAUUUACUAGUUGUAUUUAAACAAGUAAAUGGUUUUGUCGAGGAGUGUUGAAGUUGGCCAGCAUGCUGCCUUGUUGCACCAGAAACAGCUCGAGCCAGUGAAGUUGCAGCAGAAGAUCAAGCCACUGUUUCAUUUUGUUAUUUUUGAAUUGAUGAUUUGUAACUUAGUUGAAAACAAAACAAGUUGUACUUGAUGUUUUAGGUACUGAUAAGAUGAAAAAUAAGCUUGUCUAUGUGUGCAAGUAAGGUUUUGUAAGUUACAAUGUAAUUAGUGGGUUAGGUAGUGUUUUAGGUGCUGAUUUGCUUAUGCUGACCAGCUCAAGUCUGGUAUUUGUAUUGGCUUUAAGCCAUUGUUCAUUUUAAUGAAUAUUCGUUCAAAAAAUUUGUUCAUCCAA